AUGAAUAGAGAUCAAGUUACACUGAUUGGUCAAGUGUUUGAGUCAUAUGUUUCAGAAUACCAUAAGAAUGAGAUUGUUUUAAUCUUGAAGGAAAAAAAUGAAGAUGCUCAUUACUCAGUUUUGGUUAAUGCCAUGACCCUUUUUGAGACCAACAUGGAAAUUGGGGAAUAUUUCAACAUGUUCCCCAGUGAAGUACUAACUAUUUUUGAUAAUGCACUCCGAAGGUCAGCCUUGACAAUUCUCCAGUCCCUUUCUGAGCCUGAGAGUAUUUCUAUGAAGCAGAAUCUUCAUGCCAGGAUAUCAGGUUUGCCUGUCUGUCCUGAGCUGGUAAGGGAGCACAUCCCUAAAACCAAGGAUGUAGGACAUUUUUUAUCUGUCACUGGGACAGUGAUUCGAACAAGUCCAGUCAAGGUCCUGGAGUUUGAGCGGGAUUACAUGUGUAACAAAUGCAAGCAUGUAUUUGUGGUGAAGGCUGACUUUGAGCAGUACUACACCUUCUACCGGCCAUCCUCAUGUCCCAGCUUGGAGAGCUGUGAUUCCUCAAAAUUCACUUGCCUCUCAGGAUUGUCUUCAUCUCCAACUAGGUGUAGAGAUUACCAGGAAAUCAAAAUUCAGGAACAGGUUCAAAGGCUAUCUGUUGGAAGUAUUCCACGAUCAAUGAAAGUUAUUCUGGAAGAUGACUUAGUAGACAGUUGCAAAUCUGGGGAUGACCUCACUAUUUAUGGAGUCGUCAUGCAACGGUGGAAGCCCUUUCAGCAAGAUGUGCGCUGUGAAGUGGAGAUAGUCCUAAAAGCCAAUUACGUCCAAGUAAAUAAUGAGCAGUCCUUGGGGAUCAUCAUGGAUGAGGAGGUCCGAAAGGAAUUUGAAGAUUUUUGGGAAUUCUAUAAGAGCGAUCCUUUUGCAGGAAGGAAUGAAAUAUUGGCCAGCUUAUGCCCUCAAGUGUUUGGGAUGUAUCUAGUAAAGCUUGCUGUGGCCAUGGUGCUGGCUGGUGGGAUUCAAAGAACUGAUGCUACAGGAACACGGGUCAGAGGUGAAUCUCAUCUUUUAUUAGUUGGGGAUCCUGGCACAGGGAAAUCUCAAUUCCUCAAAUAUGCAGCAAAGAUUACACCAAGAUCUGUGCUGACGACGGGAAUCGGAUCUACUAGUGCAGGUCUGACAGUAACUGCUGUAAAAGACUCAGGAGAAUGGAAUUUGGAGGCUGGGGCAUUAGUACUUGCAGAUGCGGGUCUUUGCUGUAUUGAUGAGUUUAAUAGCCUCAAAGAGCAUGAUAGAACCAGUAUCCAUGAAGCAAUGGAGCAACAAACCAUAAGUGUUGCUAAGGCCGGCCUCGUGUGCAAGCUGAACACAAGGACAACUGUCCUGGCAGCGACCAACCCCAAGGGCCAAUACGAGCCCUGCGAAUCUGUGUCCGUGAAUGUUGCCCUUGGCAGUCCACUCUUAAGUCGAUUUGACCUGAUCCUGGUUCUGCUUGAUACCAAGAACGAAGACUGGGAUCGCGUAAUCUCCUCCUUUAUCCUAGAAAACAAAGGUUACCCAAGCAAAUCAGAGAAGCUUUGGAGCAUGGAAAAAAUGAAAACCUACUUCUGCCUCAUUAGGAAUCUGCAGCCCACACUGUCUGAUGUGGGUAAUCAAGUUCUUCUCCGGUACUACCAGCUGCAAAGGCAAAGUGAUUCCCGGAAUGCUGCCCGGACAACCAUCCGCCUGCUGGAAAGCUUGAUACGAUUAGCAGAAGCUCAUGCUCGCCUCAUGUUUCGUGACACUGUGACUCUGGAAGAUGCUAUUACAGUGGUGUCAGUAAUGGAGUCUUCAAUGCAGGGAGGUGCACUCUUAGGAGGUGUGAAUGCUCUCCACACUUCCUUUCCUGAAAACCCUCAGGAGCAGUACCAGAGGCAAUGCGAACUUAUUCUGGAAAAGCUGGAGCUGCAGAGCCUCUUGAGUGAAGAGCUUAGAAGACUUGAAAGGUUACAGAAUCAGAGAGUGCACCAACCCCGACCACGGGCAGUGGAGGCAGAGACUACUCCAGGGUCCUCAAGAAAUGAUCCAGCAGAAGAAUCAAAGUUCAGAACUUCAACACAGCAGGAAAUGAAUGGUAGCAUGCAUACCUUCUCUUCUGGAGGCAAUCCUGGGAAAAGCCCACUUCUAGAUCUCCCGUCCCAUCUGGGGCCUAAGAGAUCAACAAACAGAAAACAUUCAUCUGAGCACAAAAAUAGCAGAGAUGACAGUUUGGACUGGUUUGACUUUAUGGCAACUCAGCAGAUUGAACCUAAAAACUCUGUUCUUGUGUCUCCUGGUUCCAAAAUAACUGGGGAAAAUAUGUUGAAAGUGUCUAACAACAAAUCUCAGGAUAAAGAAAAGAGUGAGCCAGGCCAAAGGAGCAAAUUGGAAGCUGGGAAGCUUCCAUCACCGGGAGAGACAGAUGCUUCACUGAGGCCAGAUGAUAUUGAAGGGAAAAAGACAAAAAGGGUAGCACUAGUCUCUGAAGCAACAGUCCCUGCCAAUGAAUCAGACUCGGUGCUGACUCAUGUCCCUAGGAGACUGCACAAGCUGUGCAAGGAAAGGGCCCAGAAGUUGUGCAGAAAUACCACCAGGGCCCCUUCACAGCCGCCCGCCUUGCCUCCUCCUCCUCAGUCCAUUUCUUUACAUAGCCCAGAAAGAACACUGGAAACUCUCAAGAGAAAGAGACUGAAAUCCUUUGCUCAGGCUGAAGACUCUGAACUUGACAGUGUUGAGACUCCAGGUUCCCCUUUGGCCAAAUUGGCAAAAUUCACUUUCAAACAGAAGUCAAAACUGAUCCACACUCCUGAAGACCACAGCCAUGUGUCUCCAGGAACAACUAAAAUAGCAGUUCAUAGUCCUAAAAUUUCCCAACAUAGAACAAAAAGAGAAGCAGCUCUGCCUGAGCAGUGUCCAGAAAAGUUAACCUCUACCUCAGGAAACAGAAGCUCAGAUCAGCUGCAGGGUAAGACAGAGGAGGUGUCACGGCACCCACCAGAGAAAAAUGGAUCAAGAGAGAAGAGGGAAUGUGCCCCUGAAAAGAGAGUUAUUCAGUCUAAAUUAGAGCUUGGUAACAAGACUGGGCAUUCUCAUCUUGCUUGUGAGAAAGACAAAAAGGAAGAGAUUUCAUGCAAUAAUAAAAGCACCAGGGUUCAUACUUGCACUUUAGCCAAAUUGGCAAACUUCUCCUUUACCUCCCCAUCGGAAUCCAAAUCAGAAUCCUGUCCUCCUCCUGAAAGAAAGAACCAGGAUGAGAGAGGCCCAAGCCCCCCUCCUACAACCACAGCUACAGUGCUUGGCAGUAAAAGGAAAUCUUUUCAGUUGCCAGGGUCCACCGAGAAACUGAUUCUUUCCAAAAAAUCUCUCUUCACUUUACCAGAACUAGAUGAUGAAGCAUUAGAUUUUGACUGGGACGAAGAGAUAAGAAAAAAGCCAUAAUUAUGAAAAGUUUUCUGGUAAAAUUUCACUUUCCCCAACUCAACACAAUACUUUCAGGGUAUCAGCGUGUUAUUCGUAAAUGCACAGAAAUUGUUGGCCAUAUUGAGCACCAUCCUGAAAACCCGCUCCUCCAUCAGGUUUUAUAAUUUCAAGUUAACUUCAUGACUUAAAAAGUUGUACAAUCAAUCUAGGUCAGUGUCAUACCAGCACUUCAUUCAAAGUAAUUGAUGUUGUGCUUAAUUUUGUAAAUGGAGUACUUGUAUUCCCAAAGAUGUUUCUGGUUUUUUGGGUUUAUUUAAGGGGGAGGGGUCUUCCCUAAAUCCGUUCUUUAAUUGACUCAGGAACAAAUGCUGGGAGGGUAGAACUCAUAAAUCUAAUAAGGCAGAUUAGGUAUUUUCUAUUUUUUCUUUUGUAUUUUCACCUAGGAUGUUCUAAGUAUA